CUCUUCUUUACUGAAUUAAAUCAUCUGACGCGCGCAGCGCGCUGUCUCCCUAUUCUCGUGUGGAAUGAGCCGUUCGAGCCGGUUCGGUUGCCCGAGCAGCAGCAACAGCAGCAGCGGCACUGAGGCACUGAGACACUGAGGCAGGUUGUUUGAGGACUGAAUGUCGUGGUGACUUCUGAGGGGACUCGCAGCCGAGGACAGAGAGGCUGUUAGGAUGGCUUCAAACUUCAACGAUAUAGUGAAGCAGGGUUACGUGAGGAUUCGGAGUAAGAAAUUGGGGAUCUUCAGAAGAUGCUGGCUUGUAUUCAAGAAGGCGUCCAGUAAAGGACCACGGCGAUUAGAGAAAUAUCCAGAUGAAAAAGCUGCUUACUUCAGAAGCUUUCACAAGAUUACUGAGCUCCACAACAUUAAGAACAUUACGCGAAUGCCACGAGAGACCAAGAAACACGCAGUGGCAAUUAUUUUCUGUGAUGAGACGUCAAAGACAUUUGCCUGUGAGUCAGAGCUGGAGGCUGAAGAGUGGUGGAAGUUAUUGUGUUUGGAGUGUCUGGGCAGCAGACUUAAUGACAUCAGCCUGGGAGAACCGGACUUGUUAGCAGCAGGGGUGCAGAGGGAACAGAACGAGAGAUUUAAUGUUUACUUGAUGCCUACCCCAAACCUGGAUAUCUAUGGAGAGUGCACAAUGCAGAUCACCCAUGAAAACAUCUAUCUUUGGGACGUCCAUAAUGCCAGAGUCAAGCUGGUCAUGUGGCCGCUCAACUCCCUGAGGAGAUACGGCAGAGACUCAACCUGGUUCACAUUUGAGUCCGGGAGGAUGUGUGAUACAGGGGAGGGUUUGUUCACGUUCCAGACCAGAGAAGGUGAGAUGAUCUAUCAGAGAGUUCACUCUGCCACACUGUCCAUCGCUGAGCAACAUGAACGCAUGAUGAUGGAGAUGGAGAAGAGCUCACAGACUCUUUCAAACGAGAGCACAUUAACAAAGUCGAUAUCUCUCCCGCGAAGCGCUUACUGGCACCACAUCACGCGUCAGAACAGCGUGGGAGACAUCUGCAAUUACCAAGGUACGAGUUUGACUAUGACACUCAUUCCACGGGCUCAGACGUUUCAAAGCUUCCUUUCCGAGCAGACUGAGCAGGAGCAGGAGCAGAACCAGGAGCAAGCAACAGCGGCCUCUAGUGGCCACGAUAGGAACUGCAGCGCCUCGCCGCUCCGUUGACAUGCACUGUCAUGGCUUGACGAAAGCCACGACUCCCGGACAUUCCAAAGCUUAGGAAGCUCAUAGACACAUGAACAGUAUGAACUCUCUUUUUCUCUCUCUCUCUCUAUAUAUGUAUGACUUAAUAAUUAUUUGUAGAACAGGGUGUAUACUAAGAACUCUAGGAGCCUCUUUUUGUACGUUAAAAAAAAAAAAAAAAAUGCCAAAAAGUUGUACCAUAAACUUUAUUUUCCUUGUGUAGUUUAAGACAAAUGGACUUUUCGCAGUUAUUUUUCAGAUAUACUGUAAAUAUUAAAGCGCUGUAGCGCUUACAUCCAUAGUUUCUUGCAUUUUUGUCUGUCUUUGUAAUGGGAUACCCACUUAGCUUCUGUCAAACAAGGAAUAUGUUUGUGUUUAGCACCCUGCACUUUUAAAUUAGAGCUUGUUUUGCACUUUUGUCGUUUUCUUUGGGUUUCAUUAUGCCAUGAUAUCUGUAAGUGCUGUGUGGUGUUUUGGGGAUAAUGAAAACAAAGCUUACUUUUAUAGGGAUAGUUCACCCAAAAAUGGAUAUUCUGUCACUGUUUACUCACUUUCCAAACUCGUAUGUUUUUGUUUCUUCUGUGGAACACAAAAUAAGAUAUUUCAAAGACUGUGCUGGUUGCUCUUUUCCAUGAAAUCUGGAAAAGCUUCAAAAAAGACUUGUUUAGACUGUCAGUCCAAAUCUGAUCAUAUUUUACAAGUGUGAACGGCAAAAAACAACAACAACAUGAAAUAUCCGAUAUUUACAAAUCCGCUUUGAGCUACAUUCAAAUGUGAUUUGAAAUCCUAUUCAAGUCUCAUUUCUGGAAAUCGGUUUCAGUCUGGCCGCUCUGAUCGUA